GCGACCCAGAUACCUCGUCUCUGAUGGCAACGACGCAGCUGCUGUCCACCGUCGAGCACCGGGAGAAGCUCCCGGAGGGCUACGAGCGGCCGGAGUCCGACCGGCCGCGGCUCGCCGAAGUGGUCACGGACAGCAACAUCCCGGUCAUCGACCUUGCCUCGCCCGACAAGCCGCGCGUCGUCGCCGAGAUUGCACGGGCCUGCCGCACCUACGGCUUCUUCCAGGUCACCAACCACGGGAUAUCAGAGGAGCUGCUGGAGAAGGUGAUGGCCGUGGCGCUGGAGUUCUUCCGGCUGCCGCCGGAGGAGAAGGAGAAGCUGUAUUCCGACGAGCCAUCCAAGAAAAUCAGACUCUCUACGAGUUUUAAUGUCCGCAAGGAGACGGUACACAACUGGAGGGAUUAUCUCCGCCUUCACUGCCACCCGCUUGAGGAAUUUGUGCCCGAGUGGCCCUCUAAUCCGGCACAGUUCAAAGAGAUCAUGAGCACGUACUGCCGCCAAGUCCGGCAGCUGGGGUUCCGGCUUCUCGGCGCCAUCUCUCUCAGCCUCGGCCUGGAGGAGGACUACAUCGAGAAGGUUCUCGGCGAGCAGGAGCAGCACAUGGCCGUGAAUUACUACCCGCGGUGCCCGGAGCCGGACCUGACCUACGGCCUGCCCAAGCACACAGACCCCAACGCCCUCACCAUCCUCCUCCCGGACCCUAACGUCGCCGGCCUCCAGGUCCUCAGGGACGGCGGCCAGUGGAUCGCCGUCGACCCCCGGCCCAACGCUCUCACCGUCAACCUUGGCGACCAGAUACAGGCUCUGAGCAACGGCGCGUACAAGAGCGUGUGGCACCGUGCGGUGGUGAACGCGUCGCAAGAGCGCAUGUCGGUGGCCUCUUUCCUCUGCCCGUGCAACAGCGCGGUGAUCAGCCCGGCGAGGGAGCUCGUCGCCGACGGGGACGAGCCCGUGUACCAGAGCUACACCUACGACGCGUACUACAAGAAGUUCUGGAGCAGGAACCUGGACCAGGAGCACUGCCUCGAACUCUUCAGAGGCCAGUAGUAAUUCUGUAAUAAUUAAGCCCCGUAUCGUUUCAAACUUGCGCUGCUCACUGAGCCAAAAAUGCUUGGCUCUCGCGUUCAUGCACAUCUUCGUCGUUUGAUUGCGCUGCGGUAUACUGUGGUGCUUUACCGGCUCAUGACUACUUAUUUAUGUCGGACAGUUAAUGCUUUGGUUUUUUGUCUAUGGUAUGUGUCGCAUAAUGCUGUUGUUAUUCAUCACAUCUUUCAAUAAAACUGCA